AUGUCAUUGCUAAAGCCGCAUAUAAGAUAUCAUCAACCAGAAUCGACGUCAACACUAUCCGUAAUGUGGAAAAUGCGUACUUAUUUGGCACUUGCAUUAACGCCGAUAAUUUUGUUACCUAUUUUAUUUUCGUUUCCACAAAACCAAAAAGAAGCAAAAUGUGGUUAUUGCAUUGGUAUAAUGGUUAUUUAUUGGGUUAUGGAGGUAUUACCAUUAGCAGUAACUGCCUUAUUACCGAUGGUACUUUAUCCAAUAUUCGGUUUAAUGGCAUCGAAUGAUGUUGCUCAAAUGUAUUUACCUGACAUAAGUUUUUUAUUUAUUGGUGGAUUAAUGGUAGCGAUAGCUGUUCAGAAGUGCAAAUUGCAUAAUCGUGUCGCUUUAUUCGUGUUAACUAUUAUUCCACCCCAACCAUGCUUGAUUAUGCUCGGUUUCAUGUUAUUAACUGCGUUUUUAAGUAUGUGGAUAUCGAAUACAGCAACUACUGCUCUUAUGGUACCCAUUGCAAAUUCUGUUAUUAUCGAGCUUGCAAAAAGUAAUCCUAGAAAUGAGUUCGGUGAUGAUCUAGUGGAUAAAGCAGUAAUUGAAGAUGGACAUAAUGAAAACAAUGACGAACGAAGGAAAUCUCUCGGUGCUUUCAGUAUCAGAGAUCCAAGAGAAGUUUUAAGUAAAGAUGAAUAUCAUUUGGCAAAGGGAUUGCUGAUAUCAGUUGCUUUUGCCGCAAAUAUUGGUGGAACAGGAACAAUUACAGGAACAGCGUCAAAUCUUGUCCUAAUGGGCCAGAUUAAAGAAAUUUUCCCUCUCGCAAAUACAGACAUUAAUUUUAUAUCCUGGAUGGUUUUUGCAGUACCAUUUGUUACUGCAUGCUUAUUUAUCACAUGGUUGACAUUGGUACUCAUUUUCCUUCGGAAAGCUUCGAAAGAUGUGAUAAAUGCAAAUCACAGAACGAUGAAAGGUAAACUGCGACAAAAGUACGAUAAACUACCGAGCCUGUCAUUUGCUGAAAUCGGUGUAUCGAUUUGCUUCUUGCUAAUGUUAACACUUUGGAUAACGAGAGAUUAUUCCUGGUUUCGGAACUGUUUUCAAGAAAAGUAUGUAACAGAUGCAACGAGUGCAAUGUUGGUUGCAAUCAUAUUAUUUGCCGUCCCGAAUGGAAAGCCAAACUUCUUUGGAAGAUCGGAGAAUGUCGGAACACUACUGGACUGGAAAACAAUGCAAGAGAAAUUUCCAUGGAGUAUUAUGUUGUUACUGGGAGGUGGUUUUGCAAUGGCCGCUGGUGUCAAGGAAUCGAACUUGAAUUAUCGCAUUGGAGAAGUUAUGCAGUCAUUGAAAAUAUUCCCAGUUAAUAUCAAUAUGGCCAUUUGCAUAUUCAUCACCAUAUUCCUAACAAACAUUUGCAGUAAUACAGUAACGGCAUCCAUCUUAAUUCCUAUUGUAGGAGAAUUGGCAAAAUCACUGGAAAUUCAUCCAUUUUACUUUAUGAUUCCUACCGCUCUUGCCUCUUCAAUGGCUUUCACUUUACCUAUGGGAACUCCAUCAAAUGCAAUCGUUUUAGCAUCUGGCUUGUUACGUGUCAACGAUAUAUUGUUCGUUGGAGCAUUGGCUACUAUCGAAUGCGCUGUAUUGGCAAUACUGUUCAUGAUGACGUGGGCAACAUACUUAUUCGAGCUGGACAAAUUCCCUCUCUGGGCCUAUACUCCGGCAGAACUAGUAUACCGAAAUCAUACUUCGUUUGAUUUAUUGGCUAAUGCAACGGCCAAAUAG